AAAUAUCCAAAAGAGAAAUGAGUAAGAAACACCAAAACGCUUCGUAUCUUACAUAGUUCUCCCUCUCUCUCUCUCUCUCUCUCUCUCUCUCUCUCUCUCUCUCUCUGAUUUCUCAAAAGCUUCACCGUUUACGUUAAUGGUUAGGGUUUCAUAAUUCACAUUACAACAUGUUGCAGAAACCAACUCCUUCUCAAUUUUCACUCUCCAAUUCAAUUUCUUCUACACGCUUUUCGCAAAAUAUGAAUUGAUUCAUUAUCUUCUUUUUCUUUUGAGUGGUGGCAGUUGUGAUAUGGAAAUGUAUGGUGUUUCUGAGACUAGGAAUCCGGAUGCUUACUGGAUUGAAGGGGCUGAUUUAAAUUCACAGUUCACAAGCCCAAACUUUGAACAAUCUGGAGUAAUGAUUAAUGAAGGAGCCCCUGAAUUUGUUGACCAGAGCAUGUAUUACCCUGCUGCCACCAAUUAUGGGUAUUAUUGUACAGGAUUUGAAUCACCCGGGGAAUGGGAGGACCAGUGUAGGAUUUUUGGUAUAGACGCUCCUGAUGUCCACUACACGGGUGGACAAAAUGAAAGUUUUCCAUAUGUAUAUUAUAACUAUGGAUAUGCACAGUCUCCAUACAAUCCAUAUAAUCCGUACAUACCUGGUGCUGCGGUUGGAGUUGAUGGCUCAUUUGGCGGAGGACAAUCUUAUUACACCCUCCCCAAUUAUCAAAAUACUGCUUCUUCACCUGCUUAUGUUCCCCUUGUUCAACAAGACAAUUUUCCUGAUAGUUCUGCAAACUCCUUGUUUGGGACCAGCACUUCUGUCAGUAGACCAGAUGGAAGAGGUUUGAAACAUAAGUUCAAUUCAGCUUCUGGUAACUUUUCUAGGAACUCUUCAAAACAUUUACCAGAUCAGACAAGUUCCUUGGCCAGGGUACCAGAAGGGCCGAGAGCUAAUGAUUGGAGGAAGCAGGAUUUGACACAUGCAAGUGCUUCUGGAAGUAGGUUUCUCAACUUAGCUUCUUCAGCUGUUCAUCAGGAUAGAAGUUCUGAUGCUUCAGUGCAACCUGUAGAUACUAUUUCUAAUGGGAAUGUUAUUUCUCAUCAUAGUCAAUUGAAAGUACCUUCUUCAAGAAGUGGAUUUUCUGGUGUAGCAUCAAAUGCUAAUGGACAAUCUGCAGUUGAUAAACAUAGGCCGAAGGCUGACAUAUUGAAAGUAUCAAGUGAUGGAAAUGGUAGCGCUGAUGUAUUAGGUGAGCAAAAUCGAGGCCCUAGGACUAGUAGAUCAAAACAUCAGCUGUCUGUGAAAGCUUAUACAACUAGGGUUGGAGGUGGUAACGAGCAAGGAAACAUCAUCAUUUAUACCGAUCAAUACAACAAGGAGGAUUUCCCUCUUGACUAUGAUAAUGCAAAGUUUUUUGUUAUAAAAUCAUACAGUGAGGAUGAUGUGCACAAAAGCAUUAAAUACAAUGUGUGGUCUUCUACACCUCAUGGAAACAAGAAGUUGGGAAGUGCUUAUGAGGAUGCAAAGAAAGUAUCAGCUGAAAAAUCUGGAGUCUGUCCGAUUUUCCUAUUUUUUUCUGUUAAUGCUAGUGGUCAAUUCUGUGGAGUUGCAGAGAUGAUUGGUUCAGUUGAUUUUAAUAAGGAUAUGGACUUUUGGCAGCAAGAUAAAUGGAGUGGGAGCUUUCCUGUAAAGUGGCAUAUCAUAAAAGAUGUACCUAAUGGUAACUUUAGGCACAUUAUACUAGAGAACAAUGAAAACAAGCCAGUAACUAAUAGCAGAGAUACACAAGAGAUAAUGUAUUGUAAGGGAUUGGAAAUGCUGAAAAUAUUCAAAAAUCAUACUUUGAAGACAUCUUUGCUUGACGACUUCAUGUAUUAUGAAAACCGUCAGAAGAUCAUGCAGGAUGAGAAAGCCAGGCUCCUAAUCAGAAGUUUCAAAAGUCCAUUAUUCUUACCAGCAUUGGAAGCUCCUCGAAAGUUGAAUUUUGUUGUUGAAAAACUGGCCAGCAAUUAUGAGAAGAAUUUAAAGCUCAAGGAUGAUUCUGAUAGCUUAAACCAAAAGUCCAUUUCAAGCCCUGAGCAGAACAUCCAUAAUUCUGAUGUCCGUAAUAUCAAGUCUGUGAAUGAGCAGGCUGAGAAAACUGCAGUUGAUGAAGAUAUUUCCUCUAUCUUAAAGAUCGGUUCAGUCACUAUUACCCCAAAGAAGGUUGAGACAAAACAAUCUGGCAUUGGUAACAGAGAACAGUUUGAUGUUCUUACGGUAGGCUCAAUGCCAGUUAAGGUUAAUGGCUUCGCUAGCUCUUCUGGUAUCUUGAAAGUUGGCAAUAUACAACUUGCCCCAAAAGCAUUACAACCGUAAAAAGGAGAUGCUGCUGCUAAAAGUAGUUUCCAUAAUUAAAUUCUGCGUUUGCUUUUUGAUUCGUCAUCUGGUUGGGAAGCUGUUUCUUAUUGAUCUAUUUCUGUUUCUAAUUCUUUGAUACAAAGGCCCUUCCCACUGUCAUGGAUUUUCAAGCGGCAGUGUUGACUCAUAAAACUUCGAAAAACUAUUGUUUUUCCUUUUGCGCACAUACUUGGGUCAGUUUUUUUUUUUUUUUUGUUAAAAAUUUCAUCCAAUAUUUGUUGAGAAAGCAUGCGAAAGCUUCUCACCACUUUCAUUCCAUGUGAUUGUUAUAUUCACAAGAUUUAUCUUUGUUGUGUUGUUAAGAGUGUAUGUGUUCCAUUUUGAUUCUGAUUUGGUUUUGAAGGUGGUUGUCAAUGUUGAAUAUAACUGAAUGGAAACAAUAGCAAAUUCUUUUGGUUUAUUUAAGUUUUUUUGGCACA